AAUCUAACCUUGAUUGUCCCGAGAAGGAGGGCGAGGAGUGUUCGUCUGAAGUUUUCUCAAGUCACUGCACUCAAUCUUUGUUGUUGCAUGAAUUUACCGGGACUAAAGACACGUUUUUUCUGUCUCGUAAAAGUUUAUUCAGUGAAAAAGUAACUUCUAACGGACUUUGUACUUCCGCGCACGCGGACACUCUUCAAACAGCCAGCGGUAACUUCUCCAGAUUUUAAACGAUGCUAGCGAGCGGACCCGGAUUUUGUCUGAAUUUUAUUCAUUUAACUGAGGAUAUGGAGGACGGAUAACGUUUUCUGCUCACUAAACCUUUGCAGGUAAGUGUGUAGAAGUGUCUUCAGUGUUUCUACUCAUGUGGUUACUUGUUUGAAUGCCUUAAUUACUCCUCUGACUAACGUAAUUGCCCCAACCAUGUCCCGUGAACUCCUUUUGUAUUCAUACCAGAAAAAAAAAAUCACAUGAAGUUCUGUAAAGUUUAACUUUUAGUUUUGGUAUGCAUUUGUACUGUAGAAAAAAAAAGAGACCAACAUGUGGUUACAUGAAAGUAAAUGCCAUAUUUUGUGCUUCACUGACAUGUUUUUAUUAGCAGAGCUCCCUCUCUUCGCUUUAUCUGUAUCAUGUAAUUCAGUCACUUGUUUCUCAGCAGUUUUGGGUUGAAAAUAAGUCCAUAAGUAUGUCUUUUUUUACAAGCCUUGAUCCUUUUUGAUACUCUCUUAUGGGAAAUUUGAAGACAUUGUUUGGUACUGAUAAUAGCAAUGUAUUGACAUCUGUCUGAGCUUCUCUAAACAUGUUAAACUGCAGUUACUGGAAUCAAUCAAUUCAGCAAGGUUAACCAAGGUCAAUGGUCUAAUUUGCUCUAGCAUUGUAACUGUAUGGAUAUGCUGGGAAAACAGAUGAGUUAAUGAAUAACUGACUGUAACUGGAAGUAUAUACGGUGUAGCUUUACUCCUUGGAGAAAUCAACACCAGGAACUCUAUGAUUAUGUGUAAAAGGUCUGUAGUAAAUUAUACCAGUACACUUUUUAUGUUAAAGCUGCCCAAAGUAUCUGGUUCUUGAUGAAAUGAAAACAACUUUUCAGCCCAGGGAUAUCGACAACAGCUGACAGCAAAUUAUGUAAAUUAAAAUGCUAAAAUGGCCCAUCACUCUUUCACCAGCCACGUGAAAAUGAAUGUUUACAUGCAUGCUGCUGCUCUAGUGGCUGGUGAUGGAUAGGUCAUUUUGAGGCACUUUAUCUUUGUGUCUUUUUCAUCUUGGCAUUUAGCAAACCCACAUUUUUCUUUUAUUACAGCUUUUGCUGUCACCGUUGCUGGUGAACCAGAGUCGUACAAUACCUCACCUACGACAUGUAGAGUCAUGCCGUAUUUCUGCGAGGGCGUUUUGUGGUGGUUUUGAAGGUGCAAUUAGAUUUAAUUUGGCUGCCAAGUGAUGACGGGGUAUUUUAGCCUCACAGGUCCUCUGUCUGGUUUCAGCAUGGAUGAGUCAGUGAGUUUCACUAGAAAGUACACAGAUACCUCUGCAAAGUUGACAGCCUCAUAAACAUAAGUGAAGUUCAUUUCAAUUCCCCCUCUAGCUUUGACAUUCGAUAUCACAGGGCCUCACGGUUUUCCUCACCGGCAAUAACAACAGCUGAUUUUAACUAUAUGCCACAGGGAACAGAGAGCUAACGGCUUUAGAUGUGUUUUCAUAUGAGACUGUAGAUGGUGUAACUCUGCGUAACCAGGUUUCAAAGACUAAGUUUGAUCACUCUAGAUCUAAACAUAGCUCAAAUCAGUGGUUGCAGUUGGGUGCAAAUCUCUCUGCACCAUAAUUAUGGACAGUCUGCUGAUCCGUCUUCCUGCAUCUCAGGAAACGCAACUCAUGCCUUCCUGUACGACAUACCGCACACAGACAAGAAACACAAGUGGGUCAGUUUUGGGAGCUGCAUUGUCAUCGCAGGGUCUGGCAUUGAUGGAGCUGCGGCAUUCCAGACCACUCAUACAUUUUGAUUUAGGUCAAACUAAACAAAGGCAUCACUUGGAAGACUGACUGACCGACUGUCUCUCGUUAAAUUUAUUCCCUGACUCCCCCUUCUUUUCAGGAAUGCAGUUCAUAGAGUUAUUAUGAUCAUGAGCUGUGUGUGCAGUGGAAUUUUACCAUGUCUCCCCUUCUCCGCAUUCUCACAGUCUAAUGUGCAACGUGUCCAAGUGGUUCGGUUCCAGUAAACUCGAGUUGUGAGUGUACAGUGGCUGCAUUGAUGUCGACUCAGGGAGAGGAAGACUGCAUAAACGCUGCUGCAAAAUGUCACAUCAGUCUCAGUGUUUGAUAGCUUCUGAUGACAUUAAAGCUCUCAACCAUGCAUAUGCUAAUCCUUGGACAAAGUCAGUUAGUAAGAGUCUGCCAUCCUGUAUGAUUGAUCUUUAGAGAUAAAUAUUAAGGGAGCCAAGGUGAGUGCAAAGAUGUGGUCAAAGAGUUUUCUAUAAUUUAUUCAAGUCUGGAUGAUAUACAGUACAGGCCAAAAGUUUGGACUCACCUUCUCAUUCAAUGCGUUUUCUUUAUUCUCAUUACUAUUUUAAUUGUAGAUUCUGAGUGAAGGCAUCAAAACUAUGAAUGAACACAUGUGGAAUCAUGUGCUUAAGAAAAAAGUGUGAAAUAACAUGUAUUAUAUUUUAGAUUCCUUAAAGUAGCCACCCUCUGCAAACUUUUGCUGUUCUCUCAAUGCGCUUCAUGAGGUAGUCACCUGAAAUGGUUUUUACUUCACAGGUGUGGCUCGUUAUUAAGCCAUUACAGAGCUUGAUAACAAGCUGAGUAUUUGAAUCAGGUGUGUUGGAGCAGGGGAACAUCCAAAACAUGUAGGACAGUGGGCCUCGAUGACUGGACUUGAGAACAACUGAGCUGAAACAUUUGUUGACGAAAAUGAGUUUUUGGCCUAAAUCAUCUCUUGAUAAUGCUGACCAUCUCUGGAAAAAUCGCCUAAAUCCUUGUUUGGAAGGAACAUGGCAUGCCAAAAACUCAUUUUUGUCAAAAAAUGACUUAGGCCAUUAUUUUAUUAGGGUGACAAUGUGUGUCAUGUAUGUUAAUGUCAUCUGUGCACCAAUAUGAAGUUUUCUAAAGAAUUAAUUAUGCAUAACGAAGUAUAAGUUGUGCUUUAAAUAUAAAAAAAUUCACAGUUUGAUACUUUGCACACAUGUGGAAGAGCAUAAUAUCGAAGUAGACAGUGGUGUUACCAAGGACUAGGUGAAUAGUAUAAUUAUACAUAAUUAGGUGAGUAAAAUGAAGGUUUUAAAAUGUUAAAUUAAAAUAUAAACUCUUUGAAAAACUCUGUAAUAAUGACUGUAUAAAAACAUCAACCUCUUGUAUACCUUGUCCAAUCGGUGCCAAAUUAAUUCUUAAUUCAAAGCAAAGUUCUGUUUUGAUUCCAGCUUUUAUACUCAUUGUACCAUUUGCCAGUCUGGUGACGUGAAUUUUUCACCCCCCAAAAAUUUGAUUGGAUGGGCUUUGCGACUGUUUAUUGUUUAAUGCCUCUUGCACCCCAUGAACAGAAGUUCCAGUCUUUGAACCAGCAGAUACUAUGUAGAUAGAAGACAACGUUUCUCUCUUCGCUGCGGGACAGAAAGAUUCAGAAGAACUUUUGUACCCACAGCCAUCAGACUUUACAACUUUUGUAAAUAGUAGAUGACUUUUUGACACAUGACAACUGAGACUACAGACAAUUGAAUUUCCCUUCGGGUAUAAAAUAAAGUUAUUCUUAUUUUCAUUCUUAAAUCCAGCCCUUUCUGGUAUGCAUAUCACUCCGCGUCUUUCUUUCCUACCACUAUUCUUCUGUAUUCGUUGCCCUAUUUUUUGGUAUAAAACACCACAACAAGCUGGCUUACUGUGUUUUCUUGCCUUUUGAGUCAUUUUAAAUCAGUUUAUACUUUCUCGAGUCAUCUGAAAGAACACUGGAUUAGAUUUAAUACUUUGUUCUGACAUUGGCAUCUCUUAUUUUGAAAGCUAUGCAGUUAGGGACAGCAGCUACAGAGAAGCAAAAAAUUUCCCUGAGGCGUCUCAAGGAGGGUUGGGAUGGAUCAGCACAGACACAUAGCAGCAGAAAUCUGUGCUUACCUUGUUCCUGUCACCAUCCUGCCUUCUUUUUUACUGGAUUUAUUUUUAGAGGCCGACCCCUGACAGGAGUCUGGCCUUGCCCGACUUCCCACUCUUUUCCCUCUUUGCAAGCUGCCGACUGCUUCAGAUGUGUGCUUUUCAAAAGAAACUGUGUCCUCCCGUGUUGCCUCAUAAGUAUCCCUGUGACCCUGCAGUGUUUUGUCUGGGCUUGUUUUUAAGUGCAGUGAUUGAUGAGUACUUUUCGUGCCUUGUCUUUUUCUUUUUAGGUUGUUUACAAAAGGAGACAAGGGGGAAAUGGCACUCUGCUAGCACAACAAGAAGGUGGAUGAAGACUACAAGAAAGACUUUCAAGUAUAAACCUGUUUUCACUUACGAUUUUUGGAUUAAUUGAGAACAGAUUACGUGAUUUCCUGUCCAUCUUUACAAGGAAAUUCCUAAUGCAUUCAUCAAUGGAGAACUGAGGCUGAGCUGUCACUUGCCCCCCUCUCAGCAUGCUGGCUCUGAGGCUGGAGCAGGGCAGGCAAGGGGGCGGUGAGGCUGAUCGCCUGCAGACAGGGGCCACCGUGGCUUGGCAAGGCCGCCAGUCGGGGAGGCCCCCUGCUCAAGAGCGGCGCAUUAACAUCAGGGAGAAGAUCUCCCAGUGGGAAGGUCGCAGUCAGCAGGAUGCCGGGGUCAAAGCUCACCCUCCGACUGUAUCCCGGAGUCUCUCUGGGGAUGUGUUAGGCAACGGGUGUUCCAGCGAGGGAUCAAGAGGGGGACCUCAUGCUAAAACAAACCUCUCAAAAGCUAAGAGCUUAGAUUUUCGGGAAUCCCCAUCACCAGCAGGACAGACUGUGGUUGGUAAGGGGUCAGAGCCUCCACAGAAAUACUCCACUGAAAUUUCAACCUCAGGAAAUAAACCACUAACAGCACAAAAACAUUUUGAGUCCCCUAAAGUUGGGGCUAACAUUGCUAACUCUACAAUUAAACAAGUCACCACAAAUGGUGACCAUAAAACGCAGCGCAUCAUUGACAUUGAAGUAGUUCCCAAACCUCUACCUCCAUCAACUGAUGACCAAGACGACAACAUGCCAGCUGGAAACUUCUACACAUCUCGGGGUUUCUGGCGUAAGCUUGAGGGGGACAGGCUGCUCUGGGAGAAAGGCAAGGACUCUUCAAGUGAACCUCAGCCUCCUCCUAAACCUCGGCGGACAUUCCAGUAUCAGGGAUCCAAAAACAACAACAACACUAGGCACACAUGUCGCUGGGACAACAAAUCCCCUCAGAACAACCGCUCCACCCUGAGAAGAAGCAGGAGGGUAGCCCAGCCACCCAGCUUCCCACCUCCUCCGUGCCCAGGAGCAACAACCAACGGGCUUUCAAGGCAUAAAAGGAACAGGUAAAGCUAACAUCCUACUUAAACACUUGAUGCUAAGAAAAAUAGCUGUUCAUAAAUCAGUCUGAAUCCUAAAGAGAAACAGUUAGUUCUGUAUCAAACAUGUCCUUCCUCUUACACUGCUUCAAACACUCUUUUGGUAUUAUUGAACAUGAACUCAGUGUUUUUUAGGGCAGUGGGGAGGGGUACCUUGUCUAAAGCUGGCUGGGGUCCUAAUGUGAUGUCACACGAUAUUUGGCAGCAUUGUUCUCUAUUGUUUGGAAGUGGCCUAGUUCCUCAACAGCCCUCACACACACACACACACACACACUCUCACUCCUACUGUCAUCUGUGACGGCUCAGCAAAACAAGACGAAACAGUGUAACCCCUGUACAGAUUCCACUUUGGAUGAAAUAGUUGUUAAUCAUAAUAUUGUCUUACAACUCAAAUGGAUAGUAAUAAUAAUGUGACUUUCUGUGACCCUUAUAUUUGCUUAGUGUCAGUAGCAUCCAGACACUGUCCAGGAUUUGGUGACAAAAAUGAUAGAAUAGUUCAAAGUCUUAUUGGUAUUAUGAUUUUGAACGAUUAUUCCAUCCAUCUGAAUUUUCACCUGCUUUACAGUCUCUUACUGUGAACACAGAGCAAUGCAGGAGCCACAGUAUAACAGGCUGGAUGCAUUACAACACUAGUCUCAGAGUCAACAUUCAGGCCCUGAUUCUCCAAAGGUUUAUGAGUCUUUUGCGCCCACUUAACCCGUGCAGGUGAGACAGAAAUAUAUCCUCUUAUUCACAGAGCCAAAGCAAAAGGUUUAACACUCUACGAACUGUGCUGCAGAGAAAGUAGCGUCACUGUUCACCAGUGUUGUUUGCACACAUUUAAAUGAGCCAUUAUGCAGCAUUAAAUACGCCCAUUUUAUGCAAAUGAGCCUUAUUGUAAAAUACAUGUAACUCAGUCAAACUAGCGCUGACAGUUUCAGGGAAACUUUCACUGUCUGCUAAGAGCUGGUGGUAAUCGCGCAGCAAUAUUCUUUAAGAGUUGUCACACUCAUUUCUUCAGUGAGUGAAACAACAUUUCCACCUCUGGAUAACGAACGUAAAGUCUGUCUGUCUUUUGCCCGACCCCUGCACACUCAGGUGGUGCAAGCGUGCAAGACAGUCAUUAGAAUGAGGAUGAGGAUAGAAUGAAACAUCUUUGGGAUUAGCGUGCACAGAGCAGCUCUGCGCAGCAGAGAGUGCAGGUGCUCAUCUUCCUCACAAAAAUAACUGAAAUCCAGGAGCAACUAGACAGAGAUUUGAACUUGGUGUGGGUUUUUUGUUCUGUAGUAUCAUUUGUUUGCUUCAGUGAAUAAGAACUUAAUAUGAAACUGAUAGCAGCGCAAACAAUGCACAAUUCUCAAUGCCCUUGGAGGCCAUCAUACAUAAUUCAUUCUUGAUGAAUUCCCUCCUCAGUUCACGAAUUGACAGGUUUAGAAAAACUAGGGAUGUCCCAAUCUGAUAUUGAUAUCGGUCUGAUAUCGGCAAAAAAUGAAUAUUGGAUUAUAUCGGCCUUUAUCUAAAAUCUCAGAUAUCAGCACUCCGACACAAGCUGUCCAUUCCAGACUCCACUCUAGCACCUAUCUAGCAGUUCCUGGAUCCAGCAUGGAGAGCCCACAUGAUCACAACAACAGUGUGUACUAAGGUACUACCAAAGUAGCACGGAGUAGGAGUGAUGUCAGCCAUGUGGCAGUAUUUUUCAUCUAAUUCCAAAAAAGACAUUGCAGCAGAGUGCAAAACUUGUCAUGCACAAGUUUGUGCCAAUAUCGGAUCAAUAUUGGUAUCAGCCAGUACUAAAGGCUACAAUAUUGGAAUCGUAUUGGAAGUAAAAAAGCUGCAUCGGGACACCCCUAAUAAAAACUGCUGGUAAUUAAAACUGUUUGAUAUUUAAGUUGGUGACUUCCAGACAGUGUCACGAGCUUAAUUUGUACUAGCUGAAAGCAGGUGGUAAUAUAAAACUCGGAUGAAUGUGCAUCAACUUGUGUGCAAGGUAAAACCGAGAGAUUCAUGUGGAUAAAAACAAAUGUAUUUAGGAUGAAUGUAUACUGAACGUAUACGGACGUUGCAUUUUCUUGCCUACCUUUGUGUGAUAUCUGAUACCAAAUUGGGCUGAAAGGAAACCUACAUUGUGGACCUAAUUCAGGCAAAUAUCUCAAGCAGAUAGCUCAUGCAAACUUUAAAACAGACAAACCAAACAUCUCAGGCACACCCUAAGACCACAAUUACAGAAAACAAAACACAUCUUAACUGAAUCUCUUAAAUAACAGGGGUAUAAAACUAUUCACACAUGAAACCACAUGUAGGCUUUUCAAAAUAUUCAUCACAGAGAAAAUGUCAGAGUAAUAACUUCAAGAUGAAAAGAAUCAGCCUCACUGUAAUAGAGUUGAUCAAUAUUUGUUGGUCAUCAGUGAGCUUAGAUCUGGUGUUUUGUCACUGUCUUUGAUUCUGCUCCCUGGGGAGAUUUUUGUAGGUUGGGCGGCUCCCCAUAUUAGUGUGAAUUAUCACAAGCUGCCCUACACAAUAGUUUAUCCACCCAGUUGAAUAGUAAAAUAUCCCAGUUGGAUGGAAAACCACUUACAAUGGACCAAAAGAUUAUGUAUUUAAAACACGAAGACCCUGGGAAAUGAAGGGUCUGUUAUCCUGUAACUAUGAUUUUUAGCUACAGAGGUUUUUUGGAGACAAAGCAGUAUUAACCCCACUGUAAGAUACCUGAGUAAAAAGACUUUAAAAACCCUCAAUGUUCGGCGUGUUUCUGUCCUCUUGAGCAGUCAGUGUUGCAUAUUUGUCUUUCUUUGCUGAGUUGAUGUCUAAAGAUUAUCUCUCACUUACAGUCUCUCUGCAUGUCUGUACAAAGUUAGCAAUGCUCUCUGUCCUGGUUUGUUUACCAACUUCAGAGGAAGCCACAAGGUGUCAUUUACUCUUGUACAUUUUGAAAUGCUUUCACGGGGAUGGGUAUUACAUCACACUCAAAUGAUUCAUGCUGCAGUCUGUCUGAGGCACUUCGCCAAAUUAGAUGUUAUAAAAAGAGAAAUGAGAAAUGAGAGUCAUGGAAUGAAACUUGCACUGAACUCGUACUGUCUUAAAUGACAGUGAAUUUGCUGUAAAUUGAAGGAAGUGUGUGUUUUUCUUUUGAAGUUGUUGUCAGUGAGGAAAGCUGCACAGUGACCUAAUUUUUACUGGCAGUGAACAUUGUCAUACUGUCAGCUGCUAUCUCUGUCAGAGUGUUGUCAAACUCUUUUUCCUUACUGUCUAAAAACUGUUGUACCAUAUGUUCAGUCAUUUCCUCCACUGACAGUUUAUCUCACCCUCUCUCUGCCCUGCUGUGUGUGAUAUCAACAAAAGGAAAAGUUGUGGUAUUAUGACAGCUUCAUAGAGUGAACAAUAGUAUGGUGUCUAUGUCUAGGACAGCAACCAUGCCUCUCUUUUUCACUUCCCUCCCUUCCCUCCCUGUCACAGGAAGUCGUUUGAGUAUGAGGAUGCUGCGCGUUUGACGGCGAAGCAAGGCACUCUGGAAGAGGAGGCGAGGGAGUCAGGCCUUUACCACGCAUACUCUGAUGACAAUAUUUAUGAGGACAUUGUUUGUGAGUUAAUGUACCAGCAUCAUUUAAACCAGUGGUUCUCAAGUCCAGUCCCUGAGGCCCACUAUCCUGCAUGUUUUGGAUGUUUCCCUGCUCCAACACACCUGAUUCAAAUGAUCAGCUCGUUAUCAAGCUCUCAAUGGCUUAAUAACGAGCUAAUCAUUUGAAUCAGGUGUGUUGGAGCAUGGAAACAUCCAAAACAUGCAGGACAGUGGGCCUCGAGGACUGGACUUAAGAACCACUGAUUUACACUGACGAGGGACUGAAUGUCAGUGAAGCAUUGAUCACUGCUAUUUAUCUUUGAAUAUUACCAUGAAUUACAAGUUUCACACUAGCUUUGUUAAACAGAGAUUAAUGUUCAGUCUCUGCCGUUGCUUAGUUGUACAGUUCUUACACUGAACGCACAACCUGGUAGUAAUUUUUGUAAAAGUUUUGUCAUUUUAGUUUUUCUACAGUGUGUAGUUAAUUAUGUUGAAUUAGCCCAUCAUAUUCUAUCAUACUGUUCACAGACCUCUGAAUUAAGCUUGAUAAAAGUGGUAUUACCGCAUACAUAAAGCACAAGAGACUCUCCACCAAGGCUUUUGUUUUUUGGCACCCACAACCUCAAUUUCAGAGCACAUCUCCCUCAUGCUUAUCAUCAGUCCUUGGUUAUGAAAGCUGUUCUACCAUUAGCAGCAGCUCUACAUCUGGAAAAUGUAGCAUGAAAAACCAUUGUGGAUAGUUCCCCACCAUAGACUGUAUAUACUAUGGACAACUUGGUUCCGCCUGUAUACGGAUUUGAAGCCAAAAAGCUCUCUAUAUUUCCGUGAUUUUUCAGCAUUUCCUGAAACCAACACUGCACAGUAGUGUUGUACGCAUUCGAUGAGAGAGUCGCUGAGAGUCACUGUGAUGAGGCUCGGCUCAAACAGUGUAUCCCCCGGGUGAGCUACGCAAUCCCUGAACUCCAAUAGGCUGUAUCAGGUGUCAAUCAUAGAAAACAUGAACCCCCUAAUAACUUUUAAAAACGGAGCUUCACAGAAAAAAUUGGACUUGAGCACAAACCAGUCUUACUGUAACUACAUGUCAACACUGCAAGCAAGGGGAAGAAAAAUCUAUAUUCUGUGUAAUAAAUUUUUAAAGUUUGUCCACAGCCCCAUAAGCUUUGCUGGUGGAGGCGGGAUUUAUGACCUUUACUGCAGCCCAUCAACAGAGGGUGCUGUUCGCAGAUUGGCUUCAUCCAGCAGGGAGGCAGACGGUGUCCAUUCUAUAUACAGUCUAUGUUCCCCACUGAACAGCCGCCAUUGUUGUUGACAAAAUUGAUACAAAAGUCCCUUCUUGAUUCUAAUUGGUUGGUAAUCAGUGCACGUCAACAGGUGUGUCAGUGUUCCAAAAGUUAAUAAAAGUAUUUCAGCGGAGGACAUAGCAUUUAAUAGUUUCUUGCUCGGGGUUAGGGGGCACUUCUGGGGCAACAAACAGCUUUGGUUGGUACAGCCUUUAACAGUGCAAUUAUCCAAACAGUCAGCAUAGUAUUGUACUGAAAUAUAAUGAAAUGAUAAUUUAAGAUAUGAUAAACAUCCACUCAUCCUGACUCAUCCCUCUAAACACUUUGUUUUUUCCCAGGCGACGUGACCAGAGAUAGCCCUUAUGAGGACGUAAAGCUGUCUCCCAUGUGUCUCCCUAUUGCAAGGUCUCAACACCCAAAGGUGACUCAGGAUAUUCUUAUGAUGUCCCAUUCACAGCACAAGUAUUUUUGUCACCUGUGUCGCAAGUGAUCCUUAUCUAACCCCGGAUUCUCAGAGGGAAGAAGGAAGUGUGAUAAUUUGAUUUGAUUUACUUAUUUUAAACCAGAUGACGACUAAACUUCUUGUCUUUCAGCUGCCUCCUAAACCCCAAACAUUGCAGGGUUAUGCUGGGAAAGUGGACAAGAAGAGGUCCCAAACUAUAACUCCAUCCAGAUCCUCGUACCAGACAGAAACUCCCAAACCAGCUACAGCCCGACGAACGAGCACUCAGAAAACACAGAGGAUGCCUCAGGUAAAGAAUAAAAUGAUCUCUGUCAUUAGUUAGUCAUAAGUUUCCACUGUACUGACUGAGGUGAUUUUCUAUUACUACCAUGUCUGUGAGAAGCAAAGUGGCAUGCUGAAUGAUGAAACAUGUGCUACGUCAGAAAGAAAAGAAAGGGGGCAGAGCUUUGUAGAGCAGGAAGAAGAAGACGCUGAAAAGAAUAGAUAGUGGCAGAACAACAUGUAUGAAUGCGUCUCGAGUUCAGACAUAAGUUUGGAUAGACAACACAUGGCUGUGAAAAGAGUGGGGACAGGAUCCAACUUUGACGACAAGGUAGAGUAAAAUAAAACGAAUUAUUCAAGUUCAGGUGAAGACUAGGAGGACAGUGUGGCUUGAAACCUUGUGUGACAUUUGUAUUUUGUGCACCAGCAGGUUCAGCAAAUUCCAGUCAUGUCUAUUUUUAGAGUCUUUGUUGACUUUGUUUCUUGUCUUGUGUAUUACUUUAAAAAAAAACAGUUUAUCUUAAAGACCCACAGAGAUUCAGAAACUUGAAUAAUAUCAAAAUGCAAAACAUGAUAUUUAAGUUGCAGUAAAACUCGGUUUGAUAACGACACUAACAACAGUAAAUAUCAAUUUUUCUUCCUUACUACAGUCCAGUUUUCUUGGGGGGGUGGGAGGGUGUUAUGGUUUCUUUCCUUGUACUAUCCUUUGUUUGUCCUCUUAAAGACAAGUCUUGACUGUCAUUGUGUGCCUUUGUUAUGUGCUUGUUUUCAAGUCUUUGUAUUAACCUGAGACGUAACAUCUCUAUUAAACACUUAGCCAUGUUCUUUCAAAGCAUAAAAGGCAAAACUACAGCAAUGAAAGCAUUAAAAAAAAGCUAAAAUCUAUGAUAUAAUUAUGCACUUAGUGGCUGUGAUAUCAUGAUUCCCUAUAAUCAUAAUUCUAUAAUGGCUGUGAAAUUAUGGGUCUGAAAAGUACCUGUGUUUGCUCUGCUGUGCAGUACGUCAACAAGAUCGAGACCAUCUUUGACGACAAGCGAGGGAGGAAGAGAGUAAAGAACCAGGGAUUUUCAGUGCGAGGUAAGACACACAUUUACACACAGAUGGGCUCACGUCCCUCACAUCACCACUUGAAUGAGAUUAUGUGGAGCCUCUUGGUGGAAAUACCCCUCUUUUGAUGGUACGCACAAGGCCAGCUGCAGCCAGCAAAGCCACUGAUUAUGAAACAAAGGCUGACUGUCUGCAUCUGAUUAUGGUUUCUUAAGUUGUUUCCAUUCCCCUGCUUCUCCCUGAUCUCUCCCUCCUUUAAUUCAUAUCAACAGAGGAGACGAGUGGGACAGAGAGCGACCCCGAGGACAACACCAAAGGUAUCACCAAUGCCACUGAUAUGCUUUGUCUUUAAUUUUCCUUUUCAGUGAAGAGAUACAUGUCUGAUGAAACUUUAGCUUCAUCAGUCAGCGCUUAUUGUUGAUGCUGCCACUAUUAGCAUUGUACUGCAUCAUAAAUAAAAUAUUCUAAGAAUCUGUGACCAAUUAUUUUUUUUCUUGAAACUUGUUAUCUAACUUUAGAGAUAGUUAAUGCGGGUUAAGUUACAUAAUUCUGCCCAGUCAAGUGACAAACAACCACAGUGGGACUGGGAUGUCAAAUGUCAAACAAGCAUAAAAAUAUUUUAUUUGAAUUUUUAUUUUGGGUCUUUUCUUAUUCUGAGGGGUCUUGUUUUAAAUGGUAUAGCUUCUUGAAUGUAAACUUCUACUGUGCAGGGAUUAACAUUUAGGUUCGACUGUAGUUUAGGCAAACCAACAACUUGAAGAUAUAAGCUUUUGCUCAAAAAAAAGGAAGACAAGCUUUUAUUAGACUAUUACUGAUCUUUGAACAUUAUAUGAUCAACCAUGCUCCCUGCCAAAAGUGACUACUAGGGCUGUUACUUGGCAGUAUGAUGAAUCUACAGCCACAUAUUGCAGUAUGCUAAGUCAGGGGUUGUAAAGUCAUCAGUGCCACAAAUCUUUGAAUGCAAACUGAAAGUUGUACAUAUUAUUUUUUCAGAAUCCGAACAGCCUCACAGAACCUAACUUAAUAAGAGGUUUAUCUACAUUUCCUUUAUUCUGUACUGUUGAGUUUUCGAGUUUAAUAUGCUGAUUGUAAUCCUACAUUCUGUAUGCUAAUCUUUUGCAGCUGUAAAUUAAGCCUUUAGCUACAAUUUAAGCCCUGUUUUCACUUUCUUGAUUUAACAUUUUAUUUUGCUCACAAUGGCAAAUAACAGGUAAAGGAUUCAUAAUCCUUAUGAUAACCUCUAUUUGAAAACGGUUGUGUCUGCUGAGCCCUAUCAAUGAAUCCAAUAUGAAAGAAAGGCAUAUCCAAACAGACUUUUUAGUGAGAGCUGAAAAACAUGGGUCAUGGGACAGACGUUACAGAGAUACAUGCAUGCAGUUAUUUGUGAUUGUCAUUUCUGUUACUGUGUAGCUUUAAAACACUUGAUAUUAAAAUUGAAAAUCACAUUCGCUGCUUUAGUGAGCUGAAUGGGAUACGUGUGAGAACGAUCGUAAACAUGCAUUCAUUGUGUGUUCUCCAGCAGGCUCCAGGAGAUUAGUUUACAAACAGUCCACACUGAAACGCAGACCAGGCUACCGCACCCUGGAGAAGGACCUGAUCCAACUGCAGCAGCAGCAGCUCUUCCAGAUCUUUGUGGUGGUCUCACUAAGAAAAGGCUCCAUGGGAAACACCUACACCCCUGAAAUAACGCAGCAGUUCCCCAAAAUGGUAAAAGGAGCUGUUCAUGUGACUCCGUUUUUUUAUCGAGGAGAUAAAUGCUGUUUCGUAAUAGUAUUUAAACUGGGUUGUUGUUUGCGUGCAGGGGACAAUCUCCACCAAAAGUAUAAUCUUGUUUGGCAAAAUGAAAUAAUGAUGAUUCUGAUGAUUCACUCAGGGGAAUAACCUAGUUUAAAUAAGUGAAGAUCUUUCUUUUUUUUUUAUUUCAAUUUUUUUUUUUUUACAUUUUAGAAACUUAAAAAUAGAGUUGAACUGUUGUAAAACUUGGCUGUUAAAAUACUUUAGAUAAAAAUCCUUUUAGAGGUAUUUUUUUUAUCCUCACACCCCAUUAUUUCUUUCCAAUGAUAGCAUUAUAAACCUGUGACCUGGUAGGCCAUCCUGACUGGAGUAAUGUAGGUUGCCAAUGUUGUAACAGGACUCCCCUCUUUUCCAGUUUGAGAAGUCUUCUCGGCUCUCCAGAGAGGCUGAGGAUCAGCUGAGGGUGAUUCCUAAGUUCUGCUUCCCGGACUCACAGGACUGGAAACCUUCUGGACACAUGCCAAGGUCUGGAUGCACCUCAUUCUUGUUUUACUAUCCCAGCAGAUGUAAACGAAAGAAAAUAGCAUCUUAAAGAAGGUAAUACUUGAAUGACUUGACUCUUGAUCAUCUUUCAAGAUGUUUUCUUUUGUUGUCUUUAAACCUCUGAUAUGUUAUUCAGGCAGUGCCCUCUGACUUUAUGUCCUUAAACCUAAUUUGGUUAAGUUUUACCACCGAAAUUCAAGUUUAAGUAUUCUGAGUAACUCUGAAGAAAGACUGUUAAAGACACAUCCUGUAGGGAAAUUUCAAAACCGCAGCAAGAAAAAGAAGACAAACCUACACACUCUAAGCAAAAGUUAAAUAACCAUCAUGUUGACCUGACACAGACCUAUGCACAGAAACAUUGUGAUCAUCAUCCUUUUCUGGGCUUUGAGACAGGCCUUUGUCUUUUUUCGUGACUCUGUUAGUGCAAUGUCCUGAUUUUCUAUUUAUAUCCACAGCUGUCAGAUAUUACCCUGAAACUGUUUCUGCAACAACUGAAUUUCCCCACAGGGAUGACGAGAAUCUCGGCUGAUCUGAUUAAAUGUCUGAGUACUAAGAGGCACUGGGUCCUCUUCUUUUAUUUUCUUUGUUCGGUUCAUUGUGUAAUUUAAGGUCAUGGUUGUCAGACACAUUGCUACACUGUUUUUCGACUCCUAUAUGCAGUAGAGCCCGUAAACACAGUUUUCUUAACUCAUUAGGCUAGUUUCUGAAUGGUUUACCCAUGAGUUUUUUCAAGAUUUUACCUUUUUUUCCAAUUGUUACAAGGUAUCAUGGAUAUUUUAGACGUUUUGAGGCAGCAAAAAAAGAAAUCAGUAUUCAUAACUGUGAUCUCUUGUGUGUUCAUGUCGUGUUUACAGUGAGACCUUCUCUUUUGUCCUGACGGGAGAGGACGGCAGCCGCUGGUUUUGUUACUGCCGUAAGAUCUUGGUAAGUGUGGAUGUGUUGACAUUUGCUUCUGACUCAUCGGCUCAAGUGCUUUAGUGUUUGUGCAUAUGUGUGUGUGUGUGUGCGCGUGUGUUUGUGUGUGUCAUGACGUGGGAUCCCGCCAUGUGCUUACACAACAUCUCAGAGGAGAUGUGAAUCAGUACAUGUGAAUCACAGACCAUAAACCACUUCUGAAUCAAUGACAGAGUGCAACAAGAAUUUUCCCCCUCUUUUGCCUCACAGGGAGAGCUGCUCCUCCAUCUUUUUUUAAGACUCUUAUAAAACAUCUUUUCUUUUGUUGAAACUCUUUGUGAUAUCUACCUUUUCUAUUUUUGUUUUCUGUUUGUAUUAUUGUGGAUGUGAUUAGGUUGUCUUGGACUUCGUUGCCCGAUGUUAUCUUUAGUGUUGGCAGGCAGACAAAUCCCAACAGAGACCUCUGUGUUUUGACUUUUUGGUCAAGAGCUCACUGUUGCUGUCAUGAAAAUAGACUUUGGACAUGUUGGCACUAUCUAAACAUCUAUACAGCAUGAGAUAAAGUGCACAGAUGCAUUAAGGACAUUUCAAACUGUCCUUGCUUGUGAAAAGGUGCAUGAUCCGGACACUGAGUAUAGCACAAGAAACACAGUCUCUUAAUUAUUCAGAGGUGUGUUUUGGGCGUUUCUUUGUAACAAGUGGAGUCAAAGUGUUUUUAAGGAACCGCCUAUGAAGGCACAGCUUUCUAAUACAACUACGUGCCUUUUGAAUAGCGUAAAAAUACUGCGCUGUUCAAGAUACAGAGUGUUGUAUUUAACAAAACAAGCUAGGUAGAAAUCGAGUUUGAUAUUCAUAGUUAAUUUCCUUCAAUGAAUUUCCCUUCAGGGAUAAAUGAAGUUCUUCUAUUGUCUUGUUUUGUAGAAGAUGUUUAGUGUAUAAUUACCUAGCUAUAAAAAUCACUCAGUUUUGCCAGCGUAGAAUGAUCCUUUUAUACCGCCCCAAGCACUGCCCAGCUUCUAGAGCGGCACAGAAUGAUGGACAAACAAGUUACAUACAUGCUUUUGCAUUUAGAGUGUGGGUUUUUUUGUCAAUGCAACAGAUGGAAGACAAAGAAGAAGAGACUGUUGCUGUGUAUAAAAUUUGUAUUGAUAGAUAUUGUUGAGGGUAAAAACUAUAACUGUUAUGCAUCACAGGAGCUUCUUUUCCCUAAAGAACUCUGUCGCUUCACUAAGGCAGCGUUUUUGUCUAGACCUUGACCAUAAGAUAUCUUAUUUCUAUAAGCUGUGCCUUUCACUAAAAAGUUAAAAAAUUAGCUGAAAAACUCAAGAGCGGGUUGUAGCUCGAGGGUACAACUCCAAGAAAAAAAUUCAGCAACGGUGCACCCAACCACAGCUCAUUUUAAAACCAAAGAUGAGUGCACCGAUAGGCACAAGCAAAUCUAGGUCUUUUCAAUACUCUGUAACUGUUGUUCUGAAUUUGUCAUUGACAGUACUACUGUGCAAUGUCCAACAUAAAGAUAGAUGUGAGGAAAGUAGUUGAUACAUUUAUGUCAUCUUAUCUACAAAGCUAUCCUUUAAAUGACCUUUGAUUUGAAUGCACAGUAUCGGUAUUAGCAGACAAGCGGAAAAACUGAUUUGUCAGAUAUGAAAUUGUCAGCCAAUACAUUAUCACGAUACUUGGGCCACAAUGCAAUAAUAUUAUGAUUUUUAACAUUUUGUAAUACAGUGAGUAUUGUGAUACAAUUUGUUGCGAUUUAUACAACUUUUUUAACUGUUUAGCUAAUUUAGCAUUUGUCUUUCUUUUAUGUUUGUCUUAUUUACGCAGUAUUUUACUUUCAUGUAGCUCACCUUGCAAAACAUAUGUAUUUGUUGUUCUAACUUUCUCCUGCUCUAUGAUGUCACCUCUGCCAACCUCACUGGACAAACAGUUGAUUUUAUUUUUCCAUUAUCACAGAUUUGACGUCAUAUUAGCAAUCAAUUUGAAAAAAUCGAUUCUUGGUAAAUGAGACGAUACGAUAUAUCACCAGACAAAAUAUUGCGGUACUAUGCUGAAUCAAUUUUUUCUCCCAUCCCUAUAAUACAUACAGUGGAUAUGUUGAGACAAUAAUCAUGCACAUGUGACUAAGACUUCCACCCACCAACAACAAGCCUCAUUAUGUUGGCUGAAUGGAAAUAGUUUCAAGUGUUGGAAACAGACAGCGAUCUAACAAGUGACACACAGGUGGUGCAAAGUGAGCAAAACAGCAGUCUUUUAACUCUGUCAAACUGAUAGUUCAUCUUAAGAACUGUUUACUGUAACAGCAGCAAAAGAAAACUUCCAUGAUUUAUGGUCGAAUCAAACGUUCUUUGUCAUGUUUCAUGUCUAUUUCUAAAUAGACUGUCACAAUAAGAGUAACGAAAUGUUAUGAAUAUAACUUCUGUUCCCUGAAGGAGAGGAACGAGGUACAACACAUAUAGUAUGGGAUAUCACGCCCCUGCGUGACCUGACUGAAGACACCUUUAUUCACGCCUUUAAGGCAGAUGAUCUGUGGUGACGUCUGGGAGGCUCCGCCUGCACAUAUAUACGUGUAACACCACAGUCAUCCUUCAGUUCGAUAGCCGCUCUUCACCGAGCUCUGCCGCGCAGCGGGGCAACCCAGUGUUGUACCUCGUUCCUCUCCUUCAGGGAACAGAAGUUAUAUUCAUAACAUUUCGUUCCCUUUCAGUCGAUUCACUCGGUACAACACAUAUAGUAUGGGACAUAUAUACACGCCCCGCAGAGCAGCCACCGAACCGAAGUCAAACCUCCAAAACUUUUAGUGCAUUGUAGACCCAGCAGAAAGGACAGCGUGAGCCACCGAAGGUGCUGUCACAUCCAAACGGUAAAACCGAACAAAAGUGUGCGGUGAUGACCAACUGGCUGCAGUGCAGAUAUCACUCACAGAAACCCCUUUAAACAAGGCCCAAGAGGCCGCCAUUCCCCUGGUUGAAUGUGCCUUCACACCUUGGGGCAACGGGAGACCCCUGCUGCCGUAUGCUAAGGAGAUAGCCUCCACAAUCCAGUGGGAAAGCCGCUGCUUAGACAGCGCCUUGCCCUUGGCUGGAUUAGCAAAACAGACAAACAACUGGUCACAUAAACGCACACUCUGAGUGCGGUCUAUGUAAGUGCGUAGUGCACGCACAGGGCACAAGGAAUGCAACCUCCUCUGCUCCUCAGAUGCAAAUGGAGGGGGGCAGAAGCUCAGCAGUUCAAAACUCAUAGAGCUAUAGGCUGUGGGGAUAAUCUUAGGUAAAUACGCCGCGUUUGGACGCAAUGUAGCCUUAGAUCCAUCCGGAGUGAACUGGGUACAAGAGGGAUGCACAGACAAAGCAUGAAGGUCGCCCACUCGCUUUGCAGACGUCAAAGCAAGUAGCAGUGCAGUCUUGUAUGAAAGAAAUUUCAUGUCUGCUGACUCAAUAGGCUCAAAUGGGGGUCCACCAAGAGCCUCAAGCACCAACCCUAAAUCCCAUGAGGGAACACUGGGUUUAAGAACAGGUCUUAGCCUGCGGACUCCCUUUAGGAAGCGCAUAGCAAGAGGGUGAGCGCCUGGCGUCACACCAUCAAAGCCAACAUGGCAUGCAGAUAUAGCCGCCAAAUAGACCUUAAUUGUUGAGAAAGAGAGACCCUUAUCCAGCAGGUCCUGAAGGAAUGUUAAAACAUCCACAAUAGAACUCUGAAAUGGGAGUACAUUUCGGUCCUGACACCACUGCUCAAACGCCCGCCAUUUAUAGGCAUAUAGGCCCCUAGUAGAUGAUGCCCUUGCACUCUGGAUUGUUGCCACCACAUUUGGGGGCAGACCCUGAGCCAUUAAGUUGGACCUUUCAACAGGUAAGCAUGUAGUUUCCACAGUUCUGGGCGCGGGUGAAUCACCUCUCCUCCCGCCUGGGAGAGGAGGUCCCUGCAAAAAGGGAGCUGCCAGGGCCUCGCUACCAGCAGACUGAUUAUCUCUGCGUACCACGACUUCGCCGGCCAGCGAGGAGCCACCAGGAUCAGGGAGAGCCCCUGCUGGCGCACCCUCUCCAGAAUGGGCAGAAUCAUUUCCACUGGGGGAAAAGCAUAUAGCAGCGUGUUGGGCCAUGGGUGAGCUAGCGCAUCCAUCCCCAGGGGAGCAUUGCAGUCUGUUAUGGAAAAGAACAGGGGGCAAUGAGUAUUUGCUCUGGAGGCAAAAAGAUCUACUUCUGCCUUGCCGAAGCGGUCCCAUAUCUGAGCCACCACUAGUGGGUGCAAUCUCCACUCUCUCACAAGAGGACCCCCCUGGAGAGAAGGUCUGGUCCAAGGUUUAAGUGACCCGGAAUAUGUGUGGCUCUGAGGGACAGAAAAUGAACACUGCACCAUAGCAACAGAUAGUGAGACAGUUUUAACAGGGGAAGAGAGCGUGUCCCUCCCUGCUUGUUUAUGUAAGAAACCACGGUUGUGUUGUCCGUCCUGAUCAGAACAUGAUGGCCUGUCAGAACGGGACGAAAGUGCUUCAGAGCUAAAAGGGUAGCUAGUAGCUCCAGGUAAUUGAUGUGGAGUUUGCAUUGUGCUGGCGUCCACACACCUCUCACUGCUGCGCCCUCGCACAGAGCCCCCCAACCCCUCAGGGAUGCGUCUGUGGACACCACCUUGCGAAAAGACACCCUCCCUAUCGGAGAUCCCUGUUGUAGAAAACCGGGUUCUCUCCACGGGAGAAGAGCCGACAUGCAAGACUGAGUUAUCGUCAGCCUCCUCUGGAGGUGACGCUGCGCGCACAGCCGGUGAGACUGAGUCCAGCGUUGAAACGCUCUCAUUUUUAACAGUCCGAGCGGCACUACAGCGAUCAUAGAUGCCAUCACGCCUGUCAGCUGUAAAAUCGUCCGGAAACACAGUUUGCGUCCCAACUGAAAUUGUGCAAGGCAGCGGUGAAACGCAGCCACCCUGCGUUCUGACAGACGUGCUCGGCUUGAAACGGAGCAUAUUUCCAGCCCGAGAAAUGAUACCUGUUGACUCGGAGUCAGUGAACUUUUCUGUAAAUUUACUGAAAAGCCCAGUGUUUGGAUGUGCGAUAGGGUCAAUGACAGCUGAGCCGCUGCUCGCUCUCUGGAGCUCGCGAUUAGCACCCAAUCGUCCAGAUAGGCUAAGAUGCGAACACCUUUCUCCCGUAGCGGAGCUAAUGCCGCCUCGACACAUUUGGUAAAUGUUCGGGGGGCGAGUGAUAAGCCGAACGGCAGCACCAGGUAUUCGUAGGCUAUGCCCUCGAAUGCAAACCUUAGAAACUGCCUGUGGUCCGGAUGAAUUGCUACGUGAAAGUAAGCAUCUGUCAGAUCGAUAGUUGUAAACCAAUCUCCCGGUCUGAUCGCGCCCAGUAGCUGUCUGAGUGUUAGCAUCUUGAACCUGUAGGUUCGUAGGUAUUUGUUUAACACUCGCAAGUCUAGGAUAGGACGGAGCCCUCCUCCUUUUUCGGAACAACGAAAUAGCGGCUGUACCAACCUUUGUUCGUUUCCGAAGCGGGAACAACUCGUAUCGCCCUCUUGUUCCACAAGUUGUUUAUUUCUUCCCUCAGCACUGCUGCUGCUUCCUCUGCUACAACUGUGUGUAUUACAGAGUGAAAGCGAGGCGGCCGGACCCUGAACUGUAAGCGGUAGCCGAUGGCAACAGUUCUCUCUACCCACGGUGAGACUGCGCAUGCGCGCCACCGAGAGAGACGAACAGUCAGUCGACUGACCUCCAGUACUGUGGGGGAGGGGUUGUCGCCCCCUAGCGUGCCGGCUGGGAACGGCAACACUUUCUCGCCCAGACUUGAUUGAUUCAUGAUGUUUUGAGAACAAAACGAAACCUUUAUUUGAUUCAAAGAACAUACAUUUGUGACAUUCACACAGUGAACAACAGGCGCCAUUAUUGGGGCAUGUGUAUGUGAGGGGGGGUUGUGCUUGGGAGACUGUGUUAAGGGAGUGCAGCGCCUCUCGGGACCGGACCCCUGAACGAACUUUAAACGCGGCCUCUUUGGCGGCAGAAAAUGAAGGGCGGCAGUGUCUCCGUGCUGCUGGCCCUCUCGAGUCGAUCCCGAAGCUAGGAUGACUGCUGCUUCUUCUUCCUGGGCGCCGAGUCCCUCCGGAAGCUCGGUGGCGGACCCUUGUUCCAAGCCGAAGGGCGUGGGUUCUGACCGGGUACAUAUCGCUUCACCGGCUGGGGCCCCAAGCUGGCGGGCGCUGCAGUCCUCUUAGGGGGAGGCGCUGGUGCCGGUUUGUGCGGAUAACCCUGUUGUUUGGGCCUCGCAUCACGCCUGGGGAUGAUGCUUCUCAAAGCUUCGGUUUGUUUUUUCCUCAGCUCAAACUUAGCUUGAAUGUCGUCGAGGGACUGCCCAAACAAACCGCUGGCCGACACAGGCUCGUCCAGAUAAACCGCUCUGUCCCUCUCCGGAACGUCGGAGAGAGUCAGCCACAGGUGCCUCUGCGCCACCACCGUGGAAGCCAUGCCUCUACCGAGAGACAGCGCUGCACAGCGGGACACACGGAGGAUGUAAUCUGUGGCGACCCUAGCUUCAUUGAGGAGAGGAGUAAGCGGACUGUCAGGAGGCAUACGCGAGCCGAGUUCUGCCAGACACAUAGCUUGAUAUGUCUGAAGCAUAGUGACGGAGCUCAGUGCACGAGCCGUAUUUGCCUGUGUCCUGUAAAUUUUAUCCAGCUGUGACGCUGAAAAUCUACAGUGCUUGGAUGGGAGCGUGAUGGGGCCACCGACACCGUGAUUCUGGGCCGGGGCCAGAUAAGCUGCCAGGGACGCCUCCAUAGGCGGAGGGUUCACCAAUCCAGCUUUUUCAGCUCCAUCUAGAUCCAGAAACUGUCCACAACCGGGCACUGUGGCGCGGGUGGACAGCGGCUUGUUCCAUGUCGAGGUUAGUUCCGCGACAAAAUCCGGGUACAUGGGCAAACUGUUCUUAACAGUCGUCGGUUCGGGUGGGAGAAAAAACCCUGUGAACCGCGACGGUUUUUGAGCUGGAGGAGGAGAGGGCCAUUCUACCUCCAGUUUCUCAGCUGCACGGCGGUACAGUGAGAGGAAGGAUGUGUCGUCCAGAUCAACCGGCGCAGCAGCGGCGGCAUACUGACCUGAAGACAACGGCUCCAGCUCAUCUUCCGAAAAACCCUGCACGUCCAGGCCGAUGUCCAGCACGUCAUCGUCCUCCUGGUAACAAGCUAGCCCGGAUAGCGGCUGGCCAGCGCCCUCGGAGGGGCCCGGCUCAAACCCAGCUGACCCGUCAGCACACUCCACAUGGUCUGCCCAGCUUCCAACUGAGCCUUCGACCAGAAAGUCCUCACCACCGGACUCGGACGAAGCCGGGUCUCUGGACUCGGAAAGGAGGGGGUCGUGCAGCGCAACAGCGGUUUUUCCAAGAAUUUUCUCCACAAACUUGACCCGCCUUCCCAGGGUUGAGCUCCGAAGCCGGUGACAGGACUCACACGACUCGGGCUCAGUCAACACCCUCCUGGCGUGGACAAUCCCCAGGCAAACGGGACAAGCCUCGUGAAGAUCCUUCUCGUGAAGGGAGAAGCCGCACCCCUGAGGACAGGGGCGAACAGAAGACUUCGCCUUCACCUUCAUGGGCUUAGAGCUCAUAACGAGACUCAAAAGCUGAACGAAAUUAGCGCUCCGCGGGUAGCCGUAGGCUAACACCAACAGGGGCAGUUGAGCUAAAGUCGAUCAAGCAGUAGCCAGAGACAAGACCAGGCUAAUUUAGCAGCAGCUAGUUAGCCCGACUCGGUGUAGGUGUUUUCAGCGAGGUGAAGAGCGUAAGAACUGAAGGAUGACUGUGGUGUUACACGUAUAUAUGUGCAGGCGGAGCCUCCCAGACGUCACCACAGAUCAUCUGCCUUAAAGGCGUGAAUAAAGGUGUCUUCAGUCAGGUCACGCAGGGGCGUGAUAUCCCAUACUAUAUGUGUUGUACCGAGUGAAUCGACUGAAAGGGAACAGGUUUAUUCUAGUACAGAGGAGACUAAGUGGUAUUUACAUAAAUGAUUCAAAAAUAUUUGGCCUAUUAGAUAUUCUGCACCCCUAUUUUUUUAACACAGGGAAAAAAACACUUUAAUUUCUGACUCUGAUUGUACUCUGUAAAUUGAUGUACAUAUUUUAUGGGUUUCACUUGUUUAUUUUUGUCAAAAGUUUCUUUUUUGCUACUUUUUUAUAACAUUCGAACCUGUACAUGUCUUUUCAGCCCAGUGGCAAAGGGAAACGGCUUCCUGAGGUCCACUGCAUUGUGAGCAAACUGGGCUGUUUCAACCUGUUCGCCAAGGUAAGGCAACUGUACAAUGCAUCGACUCCCCUGUGUCUGCUGAUAGAGGCCUUUGUGGGGACAUGAAAAGAGCAGGAGGUGCUAGAGUUCAGUGGUAAUCCUCUUGAAGUGUAUCAUAGCUGCCGCCUUGAAACUUCGUGUUUGUAUUUUGAUUGAAUGAGGCUGCACCAGAGGAUAAUCCUUAGAAAUCCCCAGGUGUGUAUCACCAAAAAAAAAGAAAUUGUAUGCAUGUAACUUUGUCCUGCCCAUUUUUUCAGUUGGCUGAAGGAAAUUUACAAACAGUGAAGUGUGAAUGUGGCAGUCUGGAAAACUUCAUUAACAUGCAGAGCUGCAUCUUGCCUGUGUUGUUUUGUUUAGAGUUUAAUCAGCAUUAGUUCCUUCAGGACACAAACAAUGAUUUCUUUGCCCCCGUCUGUCCAGAUUCUGGAGGAAGUGGAGAGGCGCAGGGAGAUUUCCCCGGCGCUGGUUUAUCCUUUUAUGCGUAGCGUGAUGGAGGCCCCAUUUCCAGCCCCUGGUCGCACAGUCACAGUGAAGAGUUUUCUCCCCGGCUCUGGGAAUGAGGUAACCCUGAAACCAAAAGAGGAAAUGUUAAUUAGUAGUUGAGUUCCUCCUAACCACUCCUUUCUGCAGAGUUGGAGUGACUCAGACUGUGAGGUUAUCUGUGUAAACAAUAGGGAAAGUUUUUUCAGCUUAGAAGGGUUCAUUUUUGGACAGUUAUACUUAACCAGUCAACAAUAAUCAGAUUCGUCAUCGUAACCAUAAAGUGACUCAAAUAAGUGGAGAAAGCGCCCCUCCCUUAGCGGGAAAUGUAACAGAAUGAUUACUUUCUUGUGUUUCAGCAGUAAAGUCACAACCAGUUCAAUUUUUAAGAAACUUUUAAACAAAUGUAUUUCAGUACACUCAAGUGUCUUUACUCACAAGCUUCAGGCAUUCAUUAAACAUACAGCGUAGUGCAACCAGUGAAAACAGAUAGAGCCUGUGAUACUGUAUUUACACUGUAGCCUGACUGCAUGUGCUCUUAACAGGUAUUGACUCUGUGUCGACCGGUGGACUCCAGACUGGAGCACGUGGACUUUGACAGUCUGCUGCAGUGUCUCAGUGUCGGGAAACUCCUGCAGGUGUUUGCCUCCAUUCUGCUGGAGAGGAGGGUUAUCUUCGUCGCUGACAAACUCAGGUACUGCUGCAAAAACUUUUUUAAUGGUUUUAAUGGAAAAGGAAAAUAUUGAUGUAAUGUUCAGAGAAGAGAGUGGCAGGCUAGCUUUUUAUAGGACUUGACCCCCCGACCCCCCAUUUAUGUUCAAUUAUAGUUAAUGCUUGAUUACACAAAGGCUGAGGUAGGGCUGGGCGAUAAACUGCAAAAACUUACCGAUACCAAAAUUUACAACAAUAACUUUUGCCCAUAUUGGUAUAUUCGGUGUCAAAAAAUUUAAUGAUUAAAUAAAUAAAAGUUGUUUUUGGAUGUGUGUAGGUAGGCUAUGGUCUCAUGUCCCUUUAAGAUGCUGUCCUAUGUCAGAGACGUGACUCCACCCAAUCCAGUCAGUAACAAAGAGGUAAAGACAGGUGAAGAGAUGGAGGACGGUUCAAAAGUUGUAGCGGCUGAAACGGCAGCUGAAGUAGACAAAGUUAAUGUGGGAGGGGCUAAGCAGCUUGUGGAGUAGUUACCGUCCAUUUAUCCUUAUCAGGGUGAACUGCUCAAUAUAUUGUUAUAUUGAUUUGAGGCCAUAUUGCCCAGCCCUAGUCUGAACCGUGCAGCAUGGUCUUAAAGAGCCACGGAACACCUUGUUGCCACUACUGUAAAAACUUAACAAAUGAUUUUAAUGGAAAAGGAAAAGAUUGAUGUAAUGAUCAGAGAAUGGCAGGUUAGCUUUUUAUUGGACUUAAGCCCCCUCACCCCAUAUAUGUUCAGUUAAAACUGAUGCUUGAUUAAACAAAGGCCGAGGCCUGGUGACAUUUAUACCUGUGACCUUUUGUAGGGCUGUGGCAAUACCACAAAGGCAAGUUAAGACAGGCUUAUUUGAACAGCCCAAUAUCACUUACAGAGUGUCACUGGGCUCUUUCGGGCCACAAGAAUAACAGGAUCUAACCCAGCCCAAGCUCCUUGACACAAAGAAAUGAACUCUGCAAAAAGGAUAAACUGCAUCGUUAAAGUAGGAAUGAGAAGGAUCUGUUGGUUGAAGAGAGGGAGUGGUGUUAGUCAGGACACUGCAGUGACUCUGGGAAACAAAUGUUAUUUUGUGUCAGUGUCAUGGCGGUUAUAUUGUAAACCACAAAUCAACACCUUCAUUCAAACCCAACCCAUGCUGGAUUUGUAUUUAUCCAGGUGAUGUCACAAAUCAUCCAGACCCAUGUGGGCUCUAUGAGAUACACAAGACAGAAAUAUGACCCUGUCAAUCCUUUUUUUUUCCUUUGGAGUGUCAUCCUCACAUGAAGUUUACUAUUCAUGGUUUAGGUCAGCACACUUGAGUCCUAGAGAUUUACACACAGAAGUUUUUCUUAUCACUGUCCAAGUGCAAACUCUCUGCAGAUACAGACUCAGCUGCUUUUUGUACGAGUCUAUAUAUUGCUUUUAGGAAAAGCAAACUCAUUAGUCUGUUAAUUAAGGACUUUGACAUGUUAAAUAGGGAGGUUUUAGAGGUUAAUUUUCAAGAUGUUUAAGGAAAUCAGCAGUGCAAGUGCCAUGCCAAGGUCAGGAUUAGAAGGUUGAUUGGGAGUCAGCAGAAUGAUGGGGGAAUUUUUAUGCUUUAAAGUCUGAAUCUGAGUCUGAGGAUUGUUAUAAAUCCUGCUGUAUGGAAGUAUCAAACAUGGAGUUUGAAGAAAUUGGUUAAAAAUAGAAAGGUCAGAGUUGCAUUUUUUUCAAAAGAGCCUAUUAAAAGCUGAAAGACAAACUUUGACAAAUAUGAGAAAUGACUCAUCACUUUUUCAAUCAGGAGGAUAUAACAGGGAGUGAAUAGGAGAUGAGUGUGCUGUUAAAAAUAUGCUGAGUUUGGCAGAAUGUUUUCCAAAAGUCAUGAAAGAGUUGAACUUCUGAAAUUGACCAAUUAAAAGGAAGUAGCUGAGGUUUUUUCAAAGUAUGUUGGCAGUUUGUGUUGAAAGGACAUGGCGUGUCAGCAAAACUAGUUGCAGUUAAAAAAGUUCGCUGAGUAAUAAAGACCAGUUGUGUCUUUGGAGCAUUUAAGUGCAUGUAUACUGUUUGCUGAAAACCACCAGGGCCACUUGCUUUAAAAUGAGGUAGAAUAGUAUUAAAAUGUCACUCGCAGCUAUGAUUGAUAUCCAUGUGUCAUAUGAUCAGUGUGGGAACUGAGAAGUGUUUGUGUGAUUAAGCCUCUCUCUCCUCCCUUGUUCUCUCCAGUGUGUUGUCCCGGUGUGGUCAUGCAGUGCUGGCGCUGCUCUACCCCUUCACCUGGCAGCACACCUUCAUACCUGUUUUACCAGCCAGCAUGCUGGACAUAAGCUGCUCCCCCACCCCGUUCCUCAUCGGGGUCCUGGCACCGUGCCUGCCAGAGGUGUUGGAGCUUCCUAUUGAGGAGGUCAGUGAGAAUAGAAUUGCUUCUAAUAUUUAUUUUGUGUGAAGAAAUAAAAAUGUACAAUUAUCUAUUUACAUUUCUCCCUGCAGAUACUCUGUAGGGGAGGGCGAUGUAGCGAAAAUAUCUGCAAGAGUUUUCAUGACAGAAUUGUAAUCUUGAUUUCAUCACCUUUUGUUUUUAUAUUUAUUUUAAGACUAUUUUGCAAGCCUUGUGUUACCCUUAGAUUUACAACCUUUCUUAACACUCAGUGGCUAAAAACAGCCACUAACAUUGACUGCUGUAAAAACAUAUUGGAUUCAUAUUUUUUCCAGAUUUUUUUAUAUAUCUCUUAAUUAACUUCUGCUCUAUUCAAAACUAGUAAAUGUUUAAUUAAGAAUCAAAAUUUUAACCCUUUAAGGACCCAUUUAAAACAUAAAGUCACUAAUAUUGGGAAAAAAUGGGAGGAAAAUUAGUGAUUUUCAUUAGAUUUAUUUUCUAACAUAUCAGUGACAUUGUGUUUUGAAUGGACCCUCAAAGUGUUAAAAAAAUGUUUUUAGAUGAAACAUUUACUAGUCUUGAUCAAAGCAGAAGUUAAUUAAGAGAUAUAUGAAAAAAAAUUGGAAAAGAAUAUAAACCCAUUAUGUUUUUACAGCAGUCAAAGUUAGUGGCUGUAUUUAGCCACCGAGCGUUAACAACAGAUGAAAAUUUUUAAUUUUUAAUGUUUUGAUACUAGUCUAGUAAAUUAAUAAGAAACCGUAUUGAAAAUGUCCCCUGCACUCUUAUUGGUCACUCAGUCCCUCCUGUCCUUCAUGGCCUCAAUAAUCAGAAUUACCCUGUUCAGUCUCCUUCACUCAAAGAGAGAGUACUGAAGGAGAAACAUCUUACAGAGACUCAGCUCAGGCUCACCACAUGUUUGUAUAACCCUUGUUGCGAAACAGUGCACUGAGUAACUGUCAUUCUUUCCUCCCUCUGUCCUCACAGGUGCUCAUAGUGGAUCUGUGUGCAGACAAGUUUGUCGUUCAGGUGUGUACACAGAGCCGUGUGCAGCAGGGAAUGAUGGGUGUGGUCCCACAGGGGAGGAUGGCUUUGCCCACACUUGUCCCUUGUUUGCAUUUGGAAUGUUUUGAGUGUGACAGAGGGAAAUUUAUGCAACACCCUGAAGCACAGCAGAUAUCAGAUCACACUGGAUAAUGUCAUGACGUCAAGAACAAGGCAGUUUUACAGCUGAUUCAGAAGUGUUGUUUUUCAUCAGCUGACGUCUUAAAAGUGUUAUUAAUGUUCAGCCUGUUGGGGGUGUCUGUAGUGACUGAGUCUGUCUGAACUUGACUUAGUUCCUGUUUGAAAUUUCAGUUAGGAAAGUUAAUCUUUUUUGUCUCAUUCCCUUCCAAAAUAAGACUCAGUUCUAGUAUUUUUACACCCAUGACCUUUUUACACAUCCUCUGGGAUCUUAAUGACCUAGUAGUACCAAAAAAAAACAGAUUGCUCAUGUGGUGGAUCAGUUACACUGCAGCUGGGACUCAAUCUGUACUGGCUGUAAUGUAAUUUAAUGUGGCAAAUGUACUCAAACAAAAAGGCAUCCUCUAAAAGUUUCCACUGACAGACAUUGUUGAUCUUUUUGUGAUUAAAAUGAAACACUUACUGAUUUAAUCUUUUUCUUCGUAGACCCUGUUGACCAAAAAAUUUCAUUUCACACAGGAUUUUCUGAUCCACUGCUGUCUGUGCUCGUUAGUUUGAGUGUUUGUGUUGUAUCAGAUCCAGCCUAACCCUUUAAAACAACACUCACACAAUGACAAACAAAAAACACGCCAAGCCAGCAACAGGACAGCAGCUUCACAGGCAGAAGUACAAACAGUAACGUUAGUCAGCUGUGGUCACUCUAGUUCCUGGUUAAGAAGAUUAUCUUACCUAAAAAAAAAAAAAAGGUUAUGUUUGUCGAGGUCCUGUGUGUUGUUAUGUAAUGCAUUUUGAAACAGUGAUCCAUGUCAGUCUGUGGCACAAACAAACACUUUGAGUGGACUGGACACUCUUUGUUUAAGUGCAUUUAGCCCAAAAGAUAAUGCUGCAGAUCUAACAGUGAGUCCUUAAAGCUCUGGCUAACAGAUCCACUGGAGCAAUUACAUGUCUGUCUUUAUUAAAUCCUCAUGUGAACUCUAAAUAUGUUUAAAAAAAAAGGCUCAGGUUUAGUAAUAACACUCUUUGUCUGUAUUCAAACUAUUCAAACAGAAACUUUUACAGACUGUCUUUAGUGCAUCCAUGUAACUGUUUUUCAUUCCUGUGAUGUGUGACAGCUUGGAGACGAAGAUUGCAUCCUGCCCAGCAAACUUCAGGCAGCCCUGCUGCAGAUCCUGGAGGAAAGAGAGGAGAUACUGAGACAGGAUGAUGCAGACAGAUAUGGAGGUUUGUUUGACAUUUAUCAUGUACCAAACUUUAUGUCACUCAGGUUUUUCCAGCAUCCAAAGUUACUGAUUACAGAGCCAUGAAAGUCUCUACAGUCAAUCAUUUGGAGAUAGCUUUUUUUUCCUCUCAUUUGUGAUGAAUAUAUGAGGUCUUGUCUGAUCACAGCAGCAUCAGAUCACACUUGCUGUUAGAACUCUUGUACUGCUCAAGAAGCUCUGCAGUUUUUGCAACAAAGAAAAGACAUUUGAAAGUUUUGGUCAGCAUCAUGUAAACAGAUCCUCUAACAGGUCUCAGACCGCUGCAGGAAUGUAUGAAAACACAUCUGUUAAUGAUAUGUACUGCCAUGUUUUGGAGUUUGCUCUUAAUCCUUUUGUUUUAUUCAAACUGUGGUCUGCAGGUCAGCAGGCUGACCUGAGCUCUUUGGUGUCGGAAGGUUUCGUGCGGUUCUUCGUGGAGCUGGUGGGCCACUAUCCUCUCCAUAUGGUGGAGACCUCCAACGGGGGCAGGGAGCUGCAGCGCGACAGCUUCCGCAAAUCUCACCCCUCCCGUGGAGUCCGCCAAUUCCUGCAGCUCUUCAUGGAAACUCAGAUGUUUGCCGGCUUCAUUCAGGACAAAGAGCUACGCAAGGGAGCGGGGAGAGGUGAGCGUGCUGAUGUAGCAGUGUUGCAACGGUCAAUCCCUCACUACCCCUAAAGAAAACUUGUUUUCCUCUCCACAGCUUUUGUUAACAGCUAAUUUGACAGUCUACAGGGGACUAUUUUCUGUAUGUUUGAGACUGAAGAGUUCUGGAAAAGCAGAACAAAGUUAAACACGAUUUCUUCACACUCAGUUUUGACCAUUCACUGCAGAAGUGGCCUCACUGUUACUCACUAGUUUGUGGACUAAAGUUUGGCAUUGAGCACUAUUUUGUGGUACAUCCUAUAUUGCUCAACCUGUGCUAUCAUCUUAGCUUAGCAGGAUAAUUAUUUACAAGCUGAACACCACAAUUUAUUGAAAAAGAUUACAAAUUACCCUCUGAGAUUUUAAAGUCAAUGCUUAAACGUUUACCAAGAUGAUAAAUAUAUAUACAAUCAGGCUGUUUUUAAAAAAGCAGCUUUAAGAUACAUAAGUUUGUGAUACUUGUCUGUCUCUUUCUGUGCCUGUAAAUGGGUCCAAGCAAAGUUUCUGCACAGCAAUGAAACCUCAAAAGGGAAAAGUCUUACUGCUAAAUAACACUGGUUGCAAAAAACGCCCUGAAAAGAAGUUUGAAACUUGAGUAUAGAAGUCAGAUGUUUUGGCUAAAUUAUCUGCUAAAUACAGUAGAUGUAAGUUGUUGUGAAAUUUGAAAGUAUUCCCAACAUAUGGCUUAAGUUAAAUGAGCCACCUCCUGCACUUGGAGAAAAACAGAGAAAAAUGUAUUUCUCUGUGCAUGCAAACAUCAGAGUAAUGAACUGUGUUGCAGGGAAUAAAAUCUUUUGUUAUUGUAAGUUUAACAUCUGGUUUUGCAUUUUUUUUUCCCCGUCUUGAUGGCUUAACAUUUCCAUUUUUCCUCUCAGGUCUCUUUGAGUUCAGAGUAGCUGAGUAUUUGGAUGCGUGUCCUGAGCCGGAGCCGAGCGGUGUGAACAAGUUUCUUAAAGGACUGGGUAAGUGAUCCUCUGGCGCUAAGUGUUUAUUUGGAGAGCCAAUUCACAACAGCUAAUUUUCUCCUUGUUUUUUUCAGGAAACAAGAUGAAGCUCCUACAAAUUAAAUGAAAAUCACCUUAAAUGAUAAAUGAAAGACUUUGUAAUGAAAACCAGAUCACCUGCUGCUGCUGGACUUGCUGGGGAAAUGAACGUGGAUGAGAGUUUAAUGGCUGGAUGUGAAUGAGGUUGUGAGGAGUUUGGAUACAAGAGGACCCAGCUCAUCUUUUAGUCAUGUUUGCAUAUUUGAGAGUGGUGCACUUCUUUUUGGAUCAGAACUGGAAAAAAAAUGACAUUUACUUUCAGGCAUUAAAUGAUGCUAAGAAUGAUCCUGCAAAAAAGACAUUCCUGAACCUCAAUCCAAUCAACAUGGAUGUAAAUGUUUUCUUGUUACUUCAAAUGAAAAGAUGUUUACCUAAAACAUGUAUAGGCUUGACGUUUUGAGUCAUUGAUUUAAUUAAAAUGUUUGUAGAGUACAUGAAACUUUGCCACAUUUCAAACUUGUAAAUACUUAGUGAAGAUAAUGUGCAUGGUUCCAGCCUGAUGCAUAUAUUUUAUUUUUAAAGUAAAUUCAAAAGGGUAUGUUGCAUUCCUCUCAGCACAAACUGUAAAAAAAACUUUGUUUACUAUUUUUUAUUAGAAUAUUCAAAGUGUUAGACAUCUCAGUUAAACCUCUCUAAUCAAAAUGAGAGUUUAACAUUUCGAGAACCUGUUUUUUUCCCUCUGUCCUUUACCUUCUCUCGAACUGGAUUUGUAAAUAUUUUUUACGUUUUGCACAAUUUUGAGAACCAGUGUACAGUAUUUGGAGUAUUUUUAUACUAAAGCAUGAUGUUUCAUACAUAGACUACUUUUUAAAUAAAUGGGUUCCCAAGGACAA